CCACUCUUCACACAAAAUCUUUCUCGUCCCUUCGCUGCCCCACCAUCAUGAUCCGGACGUUGUCAACAUCACCAAACCACAGCCCAAGAUGAACGGCGAAGAUCCGGCCGAGCGCCCCGAGCACAUCAGCACCAUUAUCAACGGCCUCGAGCGUUACAACCCCGAGGCUGUUGCCACGCUCGAGAACUACCUCACCGAGCAGUGCGAGCAAAAGACAUGCGACUGCAACGCUAACCGCACUCUGUUGAAGCUGUACCAGCUCAACCCCGACCGCCUCAAGGAUGAAGUCGUCACCAACAUCCUGGUCAAGGCCAUGACCCAGUUCCCCUCGGCCCAAUUCUCCCUCGCCCUUCACCUUGUCAACCCCACAACCGCCGCGAUUGGCGAGCUCAACGAGGCUCUGACAAAGCUGCGCUCCCUCAACUCGCAGCUCGAGGGUGCCCAGUACGCCGACUUCUGGGCUGACCUGAACGGCGAUGACCUGUGCGCCGAUCUUAUUGCCGAUAUCACUGGCUUUGAGGAUAUGGUCCGCACCCGCAUCACUCAGCUCAUCUCCCACGCUUUCCGUGAGGUCAACGUCUCCCACCUCGAGGCCUGGCUCGGCCUCAACGCCGACAAGACCAAGAAGUUCCUCGCCGAGGUCCCUGGCUGGACCCCUGAGGCUGACGGCACCAUCAAGAUUCCCUCCAACACCGAGAACGAGGCUCUCAAGGCUGAGAUCAGAGAAGAUGUCAAUGUUGAGCAGUUCUCUAGAAUCAUCCGUCGCUCGUGGGAGGACACCUUAUAAGGAGACUUCGUGUCACAAAAAUAGUAAAGCAACUGAUUUGAUUUUUUUUUUUAAAAGGGAAUGGGAAAGCAGACCGCAUAGGGCCUUGGUAUAUAAAGGCAACGCAACGAAUUGAUGUGAAGGAAAUGCAAAUGGAUAUUUUACGUUGAUUAUCUGGGGGUUGGUCCAACACCAUCUGGCGUUCAAAAGGACAUUUUCAUGGCAUGAUCAAAUAUAAUACAAAAAAGUUGAAAAAGUCUCAUACAUUCAAUCUAGAAAGAUGAUGCAAUAGAACUCAACGACUGUUUUAAAAAGUU